CCCCGGGAAGGCAAUUUGGCGGGUGAUCGACCUGUUGUUGUGUUGACUGACCGCUUUCCUACCGACCGACUCUCCGGUGCUCACCAGCUGCUGUCAGACAACCAGAACUUACACCCAUGGCUCCGGUGUCCAACCCCGACAAAGACACGGAGGCUCAGGAAGCCGAGGAUGGAGGGGACUCCUGCGGUCUGGCCAAGUCUCGCUCCCGGCGGGAGAAGAAGGAGAAGGUGGGCAGGAAGUCUGCGCUGGAGCAGCUGAAGAAGGCCAAGAAGGGGGAGAAGGUCAAAUAUGAAGUGGAGGAGCUCACCAGUGUUUACGAGGAGGUGGACGAGGAUCAGUACUCAAAGAUGGUACGAGACCGACAAGAGGAUGACUGGAUUAUUGACGAUGAUGGGACAGGAUAUGUGGAGGACGGUCGAGAAAUCUUCGAUGACGAUUUGGAUGAUGACGUAGUGGAAAACAAAAAAGGAAAAGCAGGUGCUAAAGGAGCAGACUCGAAGAAAAAUGCUAAGAAAGCUGCCGUCUCUAAGCCCAACACCAUUAAGAGCCUCUUCAUGAACAGUAAUGUCAAGCGGCCGGCUGAGAAAGACGUUGACCUUUCCAAAGACGACUUAUUAGGAGACAUCCUACAGGACCUGCACUCUGAGAAACCAAAUCCUUUGGCGCCUCCGCCUGUGAUGGCUCUGAAGAAAAAGAAGUCUCUUGGAUCACCCUUGAAUCCGUUUUCCAUCAAAUCUCAAAUCCCAAAGGAGUCACCCUCGGCUACAGGGCUAAAGUCCAAAGUGAUCCGCCCGCCGCCUUCUCACCCGAGCCCAAGGACAUCAGCUUGUCCUCCUCCCUCCAAACCUGCUCUUCCUUCAGAGAGGCAGCGGGUGAAAGUGAAGGAGCUGGAUGAAGAGGAAGUAGAUGACUCUCUGGCGUUUGAUGGUGUGGACUUCGAUGAGCCGAUGGAGGUUGGACUGGAGGAGCAGAAGCCUGCAGUUACUGAGGAUGCUGAACUUGGAUCUAAAGUCGGAGCGGUGGCUGCAGUGAAAUUGGAGCCCAAAGAAGAGUGUCCGGAUCCCGUCCUCUUGUCGAGCAGGAUCGGAGGCUCCUGGGGACAAGAGGAGGAGGGCGGAGUCACUGAGGCUCAAGCAGAGGUACUGGUCGACUCCAGCAAACUCCCCCUAGUGGAAGGGGCAGACGGGGAGCAGGUAUUCCGUUUCUAUUGGUUGGAUGCAUUCGAAGAGCCGUACAGUAAGCCAGGUGUGGUGUACCUGUUCGGAAAAGUGUGGAUCGAAUCUGCAAAGUCUCACGUCAGCUGCUGUGUUUCCGUCAAGAACAUCGAGCGGACCAUGUACCUGCUGCCUCGGGAAUACAAAGUAAAUCCUAAGACUGGGGAGGUGUCAGAUACUCCUGUCGCAAUGAUGGACGUUUACCAGGAGUUAAACGAGCUCUCUGAGAAGUUCAGGAUUAUGAAGUUCAAGUCCAAGAAAGUGGACAGGAACUACUCCUUUGAAAUUCCUGAUGUGCCCAGUCAGUCUGAAUACCUGGAAGUCCGAUAUUCUGCUGAGUUUCCUGCUCUGCCUACUGACCUGAAGGGGGCAACCUUUUCCCACAUUUUCGGUACCAACACCUCCAGUCUAGAGCACUUCCUCCUCAGCAGGAAGAUCAGAGGGCCUUGCUGGCUCGACAUCAAGACUCCACAGCUGAUGAGCCAGCCGGUGAGCUGGUGUAAGGUGGAAGCUCUGGCCCUGAGAAGUGACCUGGUCACUGUGGUUAAAGACCUGACUCCUCCUCCCAUCACUGUCAUGUCCAUCAGCCUCAAGACAAUUCAGAACACCAAGACGCACCACAAUGAGAUUGUGUCUCUGGCUGCACUCGUUCACUAUGAGUUCCAUAUGGAUAAAGCUGCACCUCGACCUCCCUACCAGACCAACUUCUGUGUUGUCAGUAAACCAGCAGACUGCAUCUUCCCGUACGACUUCAAAGAGGCGAUCAGGAAGAAGAAUGGAAAGGUGGAGAUAGCUGCCACAGAGCGAACUCUGCUCGGCUUCUUCUUGGCCAAGAUGCACAAGAUUGACCCCGAUGUGCUGGUGGGCCACGACAUCUUUGGUUUUGACCUGGAAGUGCUCCUGCAGAGGAUCACCGUGUGCAAGGUUCCGCACUGGUCGAAGAUUGGACGCCUUCGGAGGGCCAAUAUGCCCAAAUUAGGUGGUCGUGGUUCCUUUGCAGAGAAGAGCGCAACAUGUGGCCGACUGGUGUGCGAUGUGGAGAUCUCAGCCAAGGAGCUAAUUCGCUGUAAAAGCUAUCACCUGACUGAGCUGACUGCACAGGUGCUGAAGACGGAGAGAGUCACCGUCCCGCAGGAAGAGAUCAAAAACCUCUACAGUGACUCUCCUCACCUGCUCUACCUGUUGGAGUUGACAUGGACGGACGCCAAGCUGAUCCUCCAGAUCAUGUGUGAGCUCAACGUGCUGCCGCUGGCCCUGCAGAUCACCAACAUCGCCGGCAAUGUCCUGUCUCGUACUUUGAUGGGCGGUCGCGCCGAGAGGAAUGAGUUCCUGCUGCUUCAUGCCUUCCAUGAGAAAAAUUACAUUGUCCCGGACAAACCCUCCUUCAAAAAGGCCCAGCUGGCGAUGCUCGAUGGAGAGGAUGACGUGGAUGCAGGGAAAAACAAGCGGAAGAAGAAGGCAGCUUAUGCUGGAGGUCUAGUGCUGGAUCCUAAAGUUGGUUUCUAUGAUAAGUUUGUACUGCUGCUCGACUUCAACAGCCUGUAUCCCUCAAUCAUCCAGGAGUUCAACAUCUGCUUCACCACUGUACAGAGGGAAGCUCAGAACACUCAGAAGAAGAACGAGGUGAACGAGCCAGAGGAGAUUCCCGAGGUUCCAGAUUCCACCCUGGAAAUGGGAAUCCUGCCAAAGGAAAUCAGGAAGCUGGUUGAGCGCAGAAAACAAGUGAAACAGCUGAUGAAACAGCAAGACCUCAACCCGGACCUUUACCUGCAGUACGACAUCCGUCAGAAGGCUCUGAAGCUGACGGCUAACAGCAUGUACGGCUGCCUGGGAUUCAGCUUCAGCCGUUUCUACGCCAAGCCACUUGCUGCCCUUGUCACACACAAGGGUCGAGAGAUUCUGAUGAACACAAAAGACCUGGUUCAGAAGAUGAAUCUGGAAGUCAUCUACGGAGACACGGACUCAAUUAUGAUCAACACCAACAGCCGGUCUUUGGAGGAGGUCUUCAAACUCGGCAAUAAGGUAAAAGCUGAAGUGAACAAGCUCUACAAACUGCUGGAGAUUGACAUCGACGGCGUGUUUAAGUCCCUCUUACUGCUGAAGAAGAAGAAAUACGCAGCCUUGGUUGUGGAGAAUCACGGCGAUGGACAGUACACCGUCAAGCAGGAGCUCAAAGGGCUGGAUAUUGUCCGCAGAGAUUGGUGUGACCUGGCCAAGGAAUGUGGCAACUACGUGAUUGGUCAGAUCUUGUCGGACCUGAGUCGUGAUGUCAUUGUGGAGAACAUCCAGAAACACCUGGUGGAGACGGGAGAGAAGGUAGCAGAUGGAACCAUACCUCUGAACCAGUAUGAGAUAAACAAGGCACUGACUAAAGAUCCUCAGGACUACCCAGACAAGAAGAGCCUCCCUCACGUCCACGUGGCUCUAUGGAUGAACUCUCAGGGCGGGCGGGUCAAAGCUGGAGAUACAGUUUCUUACAUCAUCUGUAAGGAUGGCUCCACACUCGCAGCCAGUCAGAGAGCCUACGCUUUGGAGCAACUCCAGAAGCAGGAGGGUCUCAGUCUGGACACUCAGUACUACCUGGCCCAGCAGGUCCACCCCGUGGUGUCUCGCAUCUGUGACCCCAUUGAGGGCAUUGACAGCGUGCUCAUAGCCACGUGGCUGGGUCUUGACCCCAGCCAGUUCCGGGCUCAGCAGCAGCACCAGAGAGAGGAGGAGGCUGACGGCAUGCUGGGAGCUCCGGUCCAGCUGACUGAUGAAGAGCGCUACAAAGACUGUGAGAGGUUCACUUUCACCUGCCCACAGUGUGGCACUGACAACAUCUACGACAACGUCUUUGAAGGAGCUGGUUCAAAUUUGGAGCCCGGCUUAAUGCGAUGUUGUCACAACCCCUGUGGGAGCUGCCCCAUCGACUUCACCGUCAACAUUAGCAACAAACUGCUACUAGACAUCCGUCGCUACAUCAAGAAAUACUACUCUGGCUGGUUGGUGUGCGAGGACCUGACCUGUCAGAACAGGACCAGACGUUUACCCAUCGCCUUCUCCCGCCACGGACCCAUCUGCCCCGCCUGCACCAGGGCGACACUCAGACCUGAGUACUCCGAGAAGGCCCUUUACAACCAGCUCUGCUUCUACAGAUUCAUCUUUGACUGGGACUAUGCCGUUACCAAAGUCCUGCAGGGUGAUGAGAAAACUCUUGUUUCCCGGUGGAACAGGGAGAAGGAAGUGUAUCGCAGGCUGAAGGAUGUGUCGGACAAAGCCUUGGCCACCAGCGGCUACUCGGAGAUUAACCUGGCCAAACUCUUCCAGGCCUUCUCCACCCUCAAGUAAAACAAUACACACACACGUCUGCCAAAGACCACCACCAGGCGGCCUUGACGUCUGACUCGGAGCUGGACAUUCACACAAUCAGCCAGAUGUGUUCUCUACAGGUUUUUUUUUGGGGGGGGGGUUGAUGAUAGCAGGUAUGAAUGAUUUUGGGCUCUGACCUUCAUAUCACCCUCCCUGGACCUAAUGGGCUUGUUGUAUGGCUUAAAAUCAAAUCACACCUUUCUCCUCCACCACACAUAGGCACUCGAUCCGCGCACACACACGCGCAUGCUCUUGUGGCCUGACCCCAUCACUCUGCCGCUAAAGGGGGAGCAGCAAUCAUACUUAAAUGAAAGUCUAUUGUGUGUGUGGAGGCUGGCUGUGUCCAGAUGUGUGUGUGAAUGCGAGUGCGCGUAAAAAAUGACUUAUUCUCGGUGCAGCCAGCGUCCUCCAAAAGCCGCUAAUUAGCCAAUGAUAGUGACUCUGGCCACUAAGACCACUGGAUGCCAGCAGCGAUCGGACACUUGUUCUGAUUACCACCAUUCAUCCCCGAAUGUGCGAGCGUGCACGUGUGAGCGCGCGUGCACGCUCCCGUGUGUCGGAUCAGGAGAUGAAAGGAAGAAGCGAGGAGGAUGCAGGGAGUGACGGGGUGAAGGAGGCCACACGCGCUGCUCCCUCGCUCUUUUGUCUCCAUAUCGAACAGCUCAUCUCCUUCUCCUCCGCUGCCUCUGUUUAACCGAUGUCAUUUCAUCCAUUUCACUCCUCACUUCCACCCCCCCCGGCCCCCUCCUCUCUGUGCAGAUUGUGUUUUAAUGUGUGUCAUUUUCCGUGUGUCCAGUUCAUAUUGCUCAGUAGGGUUUGUGUAAUGAUUUUUUUUGUUGUUGUAAUAACUAGAAUAUUCCAUGUUGGGUGUUUUUGAUAUUGAUGAAAAUCUUUUUGAUACUGAAACUUCAAUAAAAAAGCUAAA